GGAGGUCGUUGUGAAAUUAUACAAUCGAACAAUACCAUUUAAUCGGAUAUACACGGACGUUUUGGCACUGCAAUUCACCAAUUAUAUAAAGUGGAAAUUCCACACGAGCAGCAACGGCGGCAUAAGCGCACCGCAAAGAGGGCAGCCCUAGUGUGAUCUGGAUCUCAAAAGUCGAUGAAUUUGUUUGUGGUCCCACGGAUGGAAAGGAGAUGAGCAUCUAAACAACACUUGAUCUCAUGGCUCCCCUCCUGCCCUGACCUCUGGGUUUAACCAGGAUCCAAAAUGAGCAUAAGCAGUGAUGAGGUCAACUUCCUGGUGUACAGAUACCUGCAGGAGUCAGGCUUUUCCCACUCUGCCUUCACCUUUGGCAUAGAAAGCCACAUCAGCCAGUCCAACAUUAACGGAGCUCUGGUGCCCCCCGCUGCCCUCAUCUCCAUCAUCCAGAAGGGCCUGCAGUAUGUGGAGGCUGAGGUCAGCAUCAACGAGGACGGCACGCUAUUUGACGGACGGCCCAUUGAGUCCCUGUCUCUGAUUGACGCGGUGAUGCCGGACGUGGUUCAGACGCGGCAGCAGGUGUACAGAGACAAACUGGCCCAGCAGCAGGCUGCGGCUGCCUCCGCCACAACCAGCUCCACGGCCCCCGGAAACGCCAAGAACGGAGAGAACGCUGCCAACGGAGAGGAGAACGGAGCACACGCCUUAGCCAACCACCAUGCAGACAUGAUGGAGGUGGACAGGGGCGUGGAGAUCCCUGCCAGCAAAGCCAUGGUGCUACGCGGCCACGAGUCCGAGGUCUUCAUCUGUGCGUGGAACCCUGUCAGUGACCUGCUGGCUUCUGGUUCUGGAGACUCCACAGCCCGUAUCUGGAACCUGAGUGAGAGCAGUUCUGGGGGCUCCACUCAGCUGGUCCUGAGACACUGCAUACGGGAGGGGGGACAGGAUGUGCCCAGUAACAAAGACGUCACCUCACUGGACUGGAAUAGUGAGGGUACACUUCUAGCAACAGGCUCUUACGACGGCUUUGCCAGAAUAUGGACUAAAGACGGUAACCUUGCCAGCACUUUGGGCCAGCACAAAGGUCCUAUAUUUGCCCUGAAAUGGAAUAAGAAAGGAAAUUUCAUCCUUAGCGCUGGUGUUGAUAAGACCACAAUCAUUUGGGAUGCACACACAGGGGAAGCCAAACAACAAUUUCCAUUCCAUUCAGCUCCUGCUCUGGAUGUGGACUGGCAGAGCAACAACACGUUUGCCUCUUGCAGCACGGACAUGUGUAUCCAUGUGUGUAAGCUGGGACAGGACAGACCCGUCAAGACAUUCCAAGGACACACGAAUGAAGUGAAUGCAAUCAAAUGGGAUCCAACAGGGAACCUUCUGGCUUCCUGCUCUGACGACAUGACUUUGAAGAUCUGGAGUAUGAAGCAGGACACGUGCGUCCAUGACCUGCAAGCCCACAGCAAAGAGAUCUACACCAUCAAAUGGAGCCCCACUGGACCAGGCACCAACAACCCCAAUGCCAACCUAAUGCUGGCCAGUGCCUCCUUUGACUCCACGGUGCGUCUGUGGGACGCUGAACGCGGUGCUUGCAUCCACACGCUGACACGGCACCAGGAGCCCGUCUACAGCGUGGCCUUCAGCCCUGACGGACGACACCUGGCCAGCGGCUCCUUCGACAAAUGCGUCCACAUCUGGAACACACAGACUGGAGUUUUAGUGAACAGCUACAGAGGCACGGGGGGGAUUUUUGAGGUAUGCUGGAAUGCAACAGGGGACAAAGUGGGAGCAAGUGCAUCAGAUGGCUCGGUGUGUGUAUUAGAUCUGAGGAAAUGAUGACGCUGCCAGUGGGAAGCCAUGGACCGACUAUGAAUGUGUUCAGAGCCAAAAUGACUGACUGGCCCUGGCCUUCUGCACUGCUGUAGUCCUACUGAGACCACGGCCUGCACCUCCAGCCAAUCAGGGCCCUCCCCUCCACAUACAUGCCCCGCCCAUCCCACACACAAACUGAUUAUCAACAAGGACUGUUAUAUCCACACGGGAAUAGAGAUUACAUGACCAAACAUAGCCCCAUACACAUAUACCAAAUCAUCAUUUUGUCGGUCUUACCUUUCUGGUCCACAAAGAGAAGAAAAUAUCACAGUUGGUGUGUGCAUAUUGUACAUAUCAACAUAUGUCAGCCACUUUUUCUAAGUUACAUUAGAUUUGUUUCAGAUUAAAAUUUUGAUAACAUUGUCUGAUAGAAAGGUUGGAUUGAAUCUUUCGGUUUACUCACUCACUUGAGGAAUAGAAACGGUCAUUUGAAUUGGAUUAUUCUGAAUGGAGAAGGGUUCAAGUAAACAUGUUUUCAAAAGUUCAGUGGGUUUUUAGGCCAGUAUUGUGUUCAUUUCACACUUUCUGGUA